CAUUGGUUUUGCUUGACGUACUGCAUUGAUGAAGAGGCUGACGCGAAAGCAGCAGCUGCUACUCUUGAUGAAGGAGCUCCCACUAUUUUUGACAAGAUCAUAGCCAAGGAAAUCCCUUCAUUCAUUGUGUACGUAGACGAAAAGGUCCUGGUAUUCUGGGACAUCAGUCCUCAAGCUCUUGUUCAUGUCCUAAUUAUUCCAAAGAUCGGGGAUGGGCUGACAGAGCUUGGCAUACACUGUCUUGAAGGAAGUCACUUUCAGGCUGAUGUGCGUCUUAUUAGGCAAAUCAUUCUUUCACAAUGUCACUAUGCAUUUACUCCUUUUUCUCUUGUUUUAAUUGUUCCCAGAGUUUAUUCGCUUAUUCCUUCCUGGCUUCCUUCCUUGGAUGCCAAAACGCACUCUGCCAACUUCUCUAUUCUGCCAAAAAUAGUUGCAGAGAAAAAAGGUAUAGUUGAUGAGUUUCGGGUGGUUAUCGACAGUGGCCCUACUGCCUGUAAGCACCAAUCUUUCAUCUUUCGUGUGACGAUCUCUGUGGGUUGCUUAUCCCGGUCAAUCUGUUUAUCAUCUCCACCUGCAUGUCCUAGGAGGAAGACAGAUGAAGUGGCCUCCUGGUUAGCUAGCUAA